AUUAGUCAGGAGCAACAGAGAGACGAGAGGAUGGAGCUCCCUUUGAUUGCCACAGUCUUCAUUUUUUUCCUAUCAGCCUUUCAUCCUGCAGAAUCUUCUACUGCUCAUUAUGACAAGAUUUUGUCCCACAGCCGGAUCAGGGCACGUGAUCAAGGCCCAAACGUCUGCGCUCUCCAGCAAGUUAUGGGAACCAACAAGAAAUACUUCAGCACAUGCAGGAACUGGUACCAGGGAGCCAUCUGUGGGAAGAAAGCAACCGUCUUAUAUGAAUGCUGCCCUGGCUACAUGAAGAUGGAAGGCGAGCGAGGCUGCCCUGCAGUUGCUCCCAUAGAUCAUGUCUUCGGCACAUUGGGCAUUGUGGGAGCUACCUCCACCCAACAAUACUCUGACCUGUCAAAACUGAGAGAAGAGAUUGAAGGACAUGGCUCUUAUACAUUCUUUGCACCAAGCAAUGAAGCCUGGGAUCUUUUGGAUCGUGAAAUCCACAGUGGCCUGAUUGAGAAUGUGAACAUCGAACUGUACAACGCCCUCCAUAACCACAUGGUAAACAAACGCAUGCUGACAAAGGACCUUAGGAACGGCAUGUCUCUGGUGUCUAUGUACAAUGAUCAAAAGCUGCAUAUAAAUCACUAUCCCAAUGGCGUUGUUACCGUUAACUGUGCCAGAAUCAUCCAUGGCAACCAGAUUGCUACGAAUGGUGUUGUUCACGUCAUCGACCGUGUGCUGACCCCAGUUGGAAAUACCAUUCGGGACUUCAUUGAAGCAGAAGAUGACCUCUCAUCUCUCGGGGCUGCUGCGGUUGCGUCAGGUGUGAUGGAAACUCUUGGGAAGCCUGGCCAUUAUACCGUCUUCGCUCCUACCAAUGAAGCGUUUGAGAAACUUCCACGUGGAAUCUUGCAAAGGAUCAUGGGUGACAAGGUGGCUUCUGAAGCUCUGAUAAAGUUCCACGUUUUGAAUACUCUUCAGUGUUCUGAAGCUAUCAUGGGUGGUGCCACCUUUGAAACCUUAGAAGGCAACACAGUUGAAGUUGGCUGUGAUGGGGAAAGCCUGACAAUCAAUGGAGUCAAAAUGGUAAACCGAAAAGACAUCGUGACAAGUAAUGGCGUCAUUCACCUUGUAGACCAAGUGCUUAUUCCUGACUCUGCUAAGCAAGUUAUUGAUCUUGCUGGUCCCCAACAAGGUACUUUCAAAGACUUGGUGGCUCAGCUCGGUUUGGCGGCAUCUCUAAAGCCAGAAGAAGAAUACACCCUGCUAGCUCCAUUGAAUGGGGCUUUUUCAGAUGACACUUUACGUAUGGAUGAGCGAGUCCUCAAACUGAUUCUGCAGAACCACAUUUUGAAUGUGAAAGUUGGCCUGAAUGACCUCUACAAUGGACAGUUCUUGGAGACGUUGGGAGGAAAGAAGCUCAGGGUAUUUGUGUAUCGUACAGCUGUGUGUGUUGAGAAUUCAUGCAUGAUCCGAGGAAGCAAGGAGGGAAGAAAUGGAUUUAUUCAUAUUUUCAGGGAAAUAAUCGAACCAGCAGACAAAACUCUACAUGAAGUAUUGAGAUCUGAUAAACGAUUCAGCACAUUCCUCAGCCUGGUGAAGGCUGCAGACCUAGAAGAGGUUCUGUCCCAACCUGGCGACUGGACUUUAUUUGUACCAACUAAUGAUGCUUUUAAAGGCUUGACUGAUCAAGAGAAAGAGACCUUAAAAAGGGACCAAAAUGCUCUCAGGAAUAUUCUGCUUUAUCAUUUGACACGAGGAGUUUUCAUUGGAAAUGGAUUUGAACCUGGUGUGACCAACAUUCUUAGAACUAUCCAGGGUGGCAAACUGUACUUGAAAGUGAUAAAUAACACUCUUCUGGUGAAUGAAUUGCAAUCAAAAGAAUCUGAUCUGAUGGCAACCAAUGGUGUAAUCCAUGUCAUAGACAAGCUCCUGUAUCCUGCAGAUGUGCCUGUUGGAAAUGAUCAACUCCUCACAAUUCUCAAAAAACUGAUUAAGUACAUUCAGAUCAAGUAUGUCCGUGGCAGCACAUUCAAAGAGAUUCCACUGACAUUUUACACCACCCGAAUUAUUACUAAAGUUGUGGAUCCCAAUAUUAAAGUAAUUGAGAGCAGCUUUGAGCCCAUCAUCAGGAAAGAAGAUGUUAAAAAGAUAACAAGAGUAGUUGGUGGCACAACAGUUCGAAAAGAGAUUGAAGUGCCAUCCAUUACAAAGUUCACCAAAGUGAUCGAAGGGGAACCAGAAUUUAAGCUGGUCAGGGAAGGCGAAACAGUAACUAAAGUGAUUCACGGAGAGCCUAUAAUUAAAAAAUACACGAAAAUAAUUGAUGGCUAUCCUGUGGAAGUGACCGAAAAAGAAGUGACCGAAGAAAGAAUCAUUCAAGGUCCUGAACUGAAAUAUACCCGAAUCACUACAGGUGGUGGAGCAGAUACUGAGGAGACCCUUAAGAAAUUGCUGGAAGAAGAGGUUACCAAAGUGACCAAACUCAUUGAAGGUGAUGGUCAUUUACUUGAAGAUGAAGAAAUCAAAAGACUCCUCCAGGGAGCUGGAUCUGAGUACACCAAGGUUACUAAAGUAAUUGAGGGAGAGCCACAGAUUAUCGAGACAGAAAUAAAGAAAAUUCGUCUGGAAGAAACACCUGUAAAGAAAGUGCAAACAUCCAGAAGGGUACAAGGAUCACCACGGAGAAGAACAAGGCUUGUCCGUCCUUCUGCGAGAAGACAGGAUCCACAGAAAGUUGACUGAAGAGCUGACACUUUGAGAAAAGUAUUAAUAAAACAAAUAGGUCAAAAGGGAAAACAUUGUUUCACAGGGAAAAACAUUUAUUAAAUGCUGUGCUCUCAUUAACCACUAGACAUAGCAUCCUCUAAACCUAUAAAAUCACACAGGGAGUACAUGUGGUAGAAGGCACUUCUUAAAAAUAUGCUUAAUAAUCAGGGAUUCACUCAGAAUGUGUCCAUUUUCUAUGAAUUAGUACAUCAAUUAAGUUACAUCCUACCUGGAAGUAAAUAAAAUUUUAAGUGGCAAAAUAUAAAACUAUGUAAAGCUAGCAUCUUUAGAUCAGCAAAACCACAACAUUUCAAGAUUAUCUCAUUAUGACUUCAUCUGAUUAAAUAUUAAUGACAUUAGAUGUGAUUAUGGCACCAACAAUGUUACCUUAAAAAUGAUAAUAAAUCGUAGGCGUUGGCAUAAGGAUCUUUGUUUUCAUCCUUGAAUAAAAACAUUUGCCAGUGAAUUGGAUGGAUUCUCUUUCCUGUGCUCUCCCAAAACUACCAUCUGAAAAUGCAAAUGUUCAGGAAUGUUACUGGUUUGGUUACAUGUUGACUACUGUUCCAAACCAAAGCACACAGUAAAGUCAUUUGCUCCCGUCUUGCACACCUUGCACAUAGUAGCAGAGAGUGGCAUAUAAGGAACUCCUCUCAAACAUGAUCAGGACUUCCUGUUCACCUUUUAGAGGAGUUAGCGGAGUAAAGGAUGGGGCGAGGUUGCCCAGCCAUGAUUCAGAUUCUCCCUAUGUUCAGCAUUAUGUAUGUGGGGAUGCUGAAUGUGGGUUCUUCCCUCCCCUACAGUAUUCUUUUUCUACAUUAAGGAACUAGCCCUGAAGGAUCAUCUGCACAAAGAAACCUGUUUAUGGAUUGCCUUUGAUGAUCAGGCCAAUGGGCUUAGAAGUAAGGUAUGCUUCUUCCUAUACAUUUUGUACCUGAGUGCGGAUACCCAAGUAUUAUAGACAUGCAUUUAACAAUAACUGCUUUUCUUUAAAUGUAUAGAUGUGAGGCCAAAUCCUGUCUUGACAGCUACAUCCAUGUAUUUUGCAGAGGAAAACAGUGAUUGAAAUGCAUGUUCCCCACUCUCAACUGAAGUUUCUGAUGCUUUGUAUUUGGGUAUCUGUACCUACAAAGCAUGAUGUGGCUAUUAGUUUUAUGGAUAUCAACAGAACCGGCUUUUAGGAAUGAUUAUGGUUGAUGCCAUUUUCUUUGGUUGGAAGUAUAAACUGGAGUUUUAGCCAUCUUGAACUACAGCCAGCUGAACUGAAGGACCUGAAUUCAAAGACAGAAGUACUACUGAUUUCAGUAGGACUAAAUCAACUUAAAUUCAAAACUUUUGCUUGUCUACAUUGUGGAUUUGACCUCUGUCUGAAGACCUGUGUUUUAUGGAAUGUAAGUUAGUUCCUACUGAACUCAGUAGUAUACUAGCACAAGUAAGCUCCAUUGAAUUCAAUGGGUCUUAUUUAUGAGCCAUUUUAUUAAAUCAUCUAGAUGAAUCUAAAUGUUGAAAAUAAAAAUGUAUUGAGUAUAGUAUUUCUGUACAGAAGACCAUUUCUGUGCCAAAGAUAAGGUUUAUAAAAUGUUAUCCUUCAAAAAAUAAAAAAUAAAACACCCAUUAUUUGAAUCAUUGAAUUUUAGAAAACAGUCAUUGAAAUGAAUGUAAAAACCUAUUCCUGUUUGGGACAAAAUAUUUCAUUUGAACUUGGUUUGUAAGCUUUUAUAUUAAAAAAAUGCUCUGCUAAUUUCUAUUAUUAAUUUGGAUUUGUUUGUAAAUUGUUGUUUUUAUAACUAGUUUAUUAGCUUCUUCUGCCAUAUUUGUAUGUCAACUAUGUAAGAAACCUUGUGAAAGGAGUAACAAAAUUUCAGCAAGGUGCCUUGAUGUUUUGUUAGAAAGAAUUCAGGGUGUGUCUUUAUAUUUCCAUUUUGAAACAAAUAUUCAUUAAAUAAAUUGGCUGAAUUAUUAUGCUGUU